CGAGAUGAAAAUACGCCAUAGCUUGUCAAAUCUUCACAAUGUGUGGCAUUUUCUUAUUGUAUGUAUAGUUAGCCUGCAUUGUAGAAGUGUUUGGCUGUGUCACUCAUGUGGGGUGCUGCCACCCCCACUCGCCAAGCUUUGUUGUCUUGAAACACGUGGUAAGAAUUGUUUUCUUAUCUUUGCAAGAGAGAAUAUGUAAUGUUGUUUUAGCCUUAAAAGGUCAGUGCUGAGUGAUCAUCAGGCACUCAACGUAACUCAGAGCGUUAGCAUAAUGUUUACGUUCUUGUUAGCGUUAGCAUUCAGCGCGGCGAGCGCCAUGUUGAACUCGAGGAAGUUUUUUUUAUUUUUAUUUUUUACAUCCAGUUUGUGGCAUCCAGGUGGGUAUAAUUAAUUGAAAAUAAUACACUGUUUUCGUACUGUGUGUGUGUAUUAUCAUCACCAAGUUGGUGUUGACCUUGUCAUAGUGCAUAUGUGAGCAUAAGUGCUCACCUGUCAAUUUUUGUUUCAAAUGUUUGAUAACCUUUAUUUGUGUAUUUUUGGACUAAACCUUUUUAUAUUUUUUAAUCAUUUUGAGUCGCCGUCGACUAAAGCUAAACAAAAUUUGUUUAGACUUUUUGUGAAGGAAAACGAGACGACAUUUCAAAAUUACUAAAAUAUCACUAAGUAUUUUCGUACAAAAGACUUUAAAAAAAAAUUAGAUGGGAUGCCAAAAACAACCCUAAAUUUGGUCAAUGUCUUCAAUUUUGAGUCGUGGUAUUUUAGGGUGACCAAACGUCCUCUUUUGCCCGGACAUGUCCACUUUUUAGAUCCUGUCCGAGGCAUCCGGCGGAGUUUUAUAAAUUCAUGAAAAUAUCUGUUUUUUUGACUGAUGAUUUGCACAGGAUACUGCGGUACAGUCGGGCCUGUUACGUGUUCCCAAACAGCCUGCCCAGUUGUUAAGACUUGUGCUCAAUACGGAUAUAAUCAAAUGCUCAUGUACCUAAAAGUGUAAUGUCAAAAGUAUCUUUAUUCUAUUUUAGAUACAAAUUUGCGCAUGCGUGCGCAGUCACGGACUGGCUUUAUCAUGGCAUCAACUGUCAAUACUCAUUCACAAACAAACCCUCGUGAGUCGUAACGACAGGAGCUCACAGGCUAUUGGUACGUACACUUGCUAAACUUACCUUUCAGCAACUGUUGACUUCUGUCGGAGCGUUGUACUGGUGUGAUCUGUAAAAUCCCGCUUGGUGUCGCAUCGUUACACUGCACUACACUACAAUGAAUUUUUUUGUCUGUUUAUUUCACUUAUUGUUUGCGUGUGAUCUAGAACAUUUAAUGAGAAUAAUAAUUGAGUGGGAAUAACAGUUUGUCUUUUACUGGAAAGAGAAAUGAGCUUUUUGUUAAAGGUGGAUUAUCUACAUAAGAUGUAUUAUUUAGAACAUUGUUUCAGAUCAUUUAUUUGUAGAGUAAGAAUUGAAAAGACAGCUAUUAUUUUUAUCAAGGAAUCCCCAUUACAGAAGAGGCUUUUUUUUUUUAGAUCACUAUUUAAUUCCAGUGUUUUUUUUUUUGUUUUGUUUUUUUUGCGUUAUUAUAGGAAUAACAAAGCCUGUUAGGUAACCUCAGCGAAUUUGAAAUUGUGUCUUUGGUUAUAAAGCUAUUAUUUUUUUUAUAAAACUGAAUUUUUGUAUUGAAACGGAGGAGGCACACUUUAAAAAUUAAAGUGAUAAGGCAUCUUUGAGUGAACUUAAAGUAAAAUUAAAUAUCUCAAGGCCGGGCCAAGUGUCCUCUUUUUUGGAGAUCAAAAUAAGGUCACCCUAUUGUAUUUAACAAAUGAAGACAGAUGUGUUCACAUUGUUCAAAUUUUGGCUGAUUGUGGCUAGCAGUUUGCACUCUAUGUGCUUUAAUUUGAGUUGUUUUGCUACUUGUGUUUUUAGCAAUGUGUUUUAACAAUAUGUAAUUGCAGUUGUGAAACAAAUGACAUUGUCACAAAUUGAAUAUUGUGCUUUCAAUUAUUUUGCUGUCGUGAGUAGUGAUGUGUAUUAUGUUCACUUUUUUAAAAGGUUCGAACAGCUCUUUUGUGAGUUUUGAAAUUUAAAGUUUGGUUGUGUCUUUAUAAAAAGUAUAUUAUGUUUUUAUAUUGGAGAAAAUGGAGGUGUCAUUUCUGAAAUGUGUUUUUAGCAUUUGAGAAAAACAAUACUAUUGUGGCCUCCACAACCCAAAAUGUUAUCUCGACUUAUUUUUGGACGCCAGCUCUUUUUGUGUGUUUUUCUUUUAAUUAUCAAAAGUAGAUAGUUGCCCUCUAAAGAGUUAACUUUAUUUUGAUUUCGCGCCAUAUGUUUGUGUUGUUUAGUGAUUUAUUACCCAAUAAUUUUCUGAUUUUCCGACAACUGGUGGCCUUUCAGUUUAAUUUUUUAUUUAAAGUUUUCACGACUUCAGAAAUGAUUACAGUUUAUAUUCAUGAUGAAAAAUUGGGAAUAGGAGUUUUGGCGAUAUAGAUAUCAUCAUAUCGCCUAGCACUAAGGCUACCCAAUAGCUGAUCUUAGCAUCUGCUCUACACCCUACCCCAUCCACUGCGUCAUGCUGGGGCAUGACUCAUGUGGUCGAGUGGUCAUCUCCCACUACCAUUUGGAGUUUGACCCUCAUUUCUUAUGACAAUGUCAAAGUGUCCUUGAUCAAGAAACAAUUUCUCUUUGAUCAAGAAACAAUUGCUUUUGAUGCUGAAUCAUCAGUCAGUGAAUGAAAACAGAAGCACUUAAAAUGACAUAAAAAUGUGUUUUCAAGUAAUUCAGUGGUAAGACUACAUGGGCAAAGCCAGUAUGCAAAGAAGAACUAAUUGUAAUAUUGAAUAAAUAAUAAAUAUAAUAUAUGUAAAUAAAAAGACAGACACACACAAACAAGAGUAGAUGGGAAUACAUGAAAGCAGCAGGAAGUCCAUCAGGUUGCAAGUGAGUGUGCGCGUGUGCGAGGCGUAAUGCAGAAGUGUGUCAGGCCGUGGGAACGCGGGAGCAGGCAGGAGCGCGUCAGAUGUGUGAACUUGUGCUGGGAGUGUGUGGACACUCUGUGUAUGUUUACACAUUGACGUCUACUGUGAAGCGCGUGCACGCUGCUUCAAAGGACCCACUGACACGUUGAAGUCUGUGUGCACCGUUCUCACGCUCAUUUGGUGUUCAUAGCCAAUGACGGGUGGUAUUUGGACUUUAUGGGUCAUUUCGCAAUGAGAGAACAUUUUGGCUUCAAAAUUCUUGAAAAAUGAGUCUUCAUGUUUUUGAUUUUCUGCUCCAUAUUCGAUAAUAACUGCUAUUGAACUAUCAAAAGCUUGAUUUGCUGUGAACAUUUUGAUGAAAUUUUUUUGUGUGUGUGUGCUUACAAUAUUUGACAUUCUCACGGAGUAGGGUUGUACCUAACUGUGGUGCAAAGUACUAUUUUUAGCUUUUCUCAUGUGUCUCAUCUGUUUUUUUGUAUUGUUUUGUAUUUAAUCUUGCUGCUCCUGCUGACCUUUCCUAGAAUUUACCUAUAUGUAAUUUAAUUUAAAAAAAUAUAUAUUAUUUUAUUUUAUUUUACAUAAUUUUAAUUAAUUAAUUUUUCAAUUAAAAAGAAAAGGUCUUAUUUUGAUCAGAUGGGUUCAUGAGGUGUAUUGAGACAUUUAAUAAAGGCCAACUGUUUGACAUGAAUAUGAAAAAAAAAAAUACAUCAAUCUGCAAAAUACACAUUCUUUUGGAAAACUGUGACAAUGUCACAUUAGCAUAUCAUGUGAUUCAACGUGUUCUUCUCCCUUUAAAAAAAAAAAGUUAUGGUUACAGGGUUGUGUCUACUGUAUUCAGCGGGACGUGCAUUCCACAAAUAAUAAUUCAUAUUUGAAAUAUUAUAGUUAUCAUUUUUAAAACAAAUUUCCCCACAGUUAGAAGAGACAGCAAUGAAAGCCCUAAUCCCAAUACCAAAACAAAUUGAUGUAAAAUUUUAUUGUAACUGUUUUAUUUGAGAUUAAAUUUGGGCAUCGGGGGGGGCAGGUGAACAAUUUUUUUUUUUUAAGUGCUACUACACACUUCGUAUUUUAACCUUUUUUAGGGCAAGUGACAUAACGUUUUCUGGUCACGUAGGCCACAGUAUUCACUAUUGGUUUGUCAAAUACUAUUCCUUUUUUUUUUUUUUUUUUUUUUUAUUAUUAUUAAUCAUACUCUCUGUUUAUGGUCCACAAUGCCACAACUUUUUUUUACUUCAUAGUAUUGAACUCAUAGCCUGGCAUUUACAACAAUAGAUGUCCAAUUCAUUAGUACUGGGAGGUUUGGCUGAGAAUGCUCAUUUUUCAAUGUCAGUGACAGCGCUACACGGUAAUUUGGUGCCAGUCAAAAUGGAUUGGACAUCCAUUGCCGCUGAUAACAGCCGAGUUUAACCCCAAAAAACUAUAAGAAGCAGAUUUUUUUUUUUCAUACGCCACGUGUGCAUACUUUCAAAUUCACUUUGUGUGUCAUUACAUCACGGGAGUGCGGCAUGCUUCCCUCUGAGGGUCACCGUUUUCCCAUAUCAACACAAGCUGCGGGUCAGCGCCCCCCUUACCCCGCCGCCGUCCCUCAUCCUCCACCCACGCCCCACCCAGGCUCUUUUCUCUCCCAGUCUAUUCCUCCACCUGCUCCCUGGAGACACGCUCCAUUGUCUCCGGGGACAUAAACACUUCAUUGAGCAUGUGGCGGCCCCGCGUUCCUCUGAGCACUUCCCGGCCUUCUCAUUGGCUCUUGGAGUGUGAGAACCUCCGCUGAGCCUGAGACCCACGUAUUCAUAUGGAGAUUGGUCUGUAUAAAUACAGGGGAGGAGGCUCAGAGGAAGGCAGAUCCCACUCAGACAACGAGCAGACCUGCCAGCAUGGCUCCUACUGUUUAUGGACAGAGUCAUUUCUCCAAAGAGGCUUCAGCUCACAAGCUGAGGAAGCCAAUGGUGGAGAAGCUGCGGCGAGACCGCAUCAACACCUGCAUCGAGCAGCUCAAGUCCCUGCUGGGCCCUGAGUUUCUCAGACAGCAGCCCGACUCUAAGCAGGAGAAAGCUGACAUCCUGGAAAUGGCCGUUUGCUACCUCAAGAGCUGGCAGCAGCAGCAGCGGCGUUGGCCUUCAUCCGACGGCUACGCACACUGCGUUCACCGAGCCCUCAGCUUCCUGUCCCAUGUCAAGGUCCAGAGCCAGGCCCAGAGGCAGCUGCUCGGACACUUCCGGGAGCUGCGAGCGUCCGGCGGGACAGCUCCGGGCAGCUCGUCCCCCCCGGGCUCGCCGCUCAGCAAUGUUAAGGGCUGCAGCCUGGCAGGCGCCGUCCUGUGGAGGCCCUGGUAGAUGCCGAAGAAGGACCGCGAGCUAGCUAGAGACUCUGUGAUGUCAAGUUCUUUUGGGUCACUGUGUGGCCAAAUAUUCCAGCUACAUUUUAGCUCGUUAUCUAUCUCGCUAUCUGGCUAUCCAUCCAUUUAGCUAGCUAUCUGGCGAGUUGUCAAGCUGCUAACUAUCUAGAUUCCUUGGAAAGAUUUAAUAAGAUUCAGGUUUUACUGAACUACAUUUGUAAUCACCAUGUGAUUUGUGUGUAUUGAACAUGAUGUCACACCCUCAUUGGGUUCAGAUUCACUUAAGUAUUGUUUGUCUUUGAUACUAUGUAUCACUUAAGAAUCCCGUGGAUUCAUUCACAUUGUAAAUCCUGUUUUGAUUGAACAUUAUUUUCACUGUGUGUUUGACACCACAUUAUAUGUGGACGUGUCCGUUGUAUUGUUCAAAAUGGAUGAUUGUCAUGUUUUACUUUUUAAAAAAGGAAUGACAUGUGCUUCCCUGUGAAGAAAAUAAAAGAAAAAACUUCAAA